AUGUCAUGGAUGGACAGCUGGUCCCGGCCUUCCAAGCACCAGGCCACGCCCGCCCCCUUCUACUUGAUCUCCGGCGGUGAGGACACGCCCUACUGCCACUCGUGUGGGCGGGUCAUCAGCUCGCGCCGGACGCCAUCUGCGGCCGCGGACAGCAAGACGCCCGUCAAAUACUGCUCAAGCCGAUGCCGCAGCCACAAACCUGGGAAGCUGGAACGCGAAAUUGAGGCUGUCUUUGUCAGCUUUUUGAAUGGGGAGAGGAUGGAGCAACUGGGCGAAGGGCCGGCAGGCCAAAGCCAUGGCGUUGCAAAGAAAGGCUCGAAAAGGGGAGCUGGUAAGAAGAUGAAGGGUGAUGCUAGGAUAUUGGUACCCUGCGAUCAAGUGGAAAGACAUAUGUUUGACCGGGACGACGCUGGUACCGAAGGUGGGCAUACAGACAGCAGCCUGACAGAUCCCGAGCACACCUCACACGACACCCAGCCGCCUGAUCAGCAUCCCUCCUCCUCUGGAACCUUGGAGGACCCAACAUCCUCCUCCUCCUCGCCUCCCAUUGACUAUGAUGUCUUGGCGCGCCUGUCCAUCCGUAGUGGCACGCGUAUCCGGCCGCCACAGGACGUCUCGGAGGUCAACGGCAGCGUGGGCGGGGAAAAGGGCAGGGCGGAGCGGGUUGAGGAGACAGAUGAAAUGCUGGAAAAGCGGCGGGAAGGGCUCAGGAGGGCGAGACAGAGGGAGAUGGUGAGGUGUGCGGCCAGAAGGGGUGUUGUGUUUGGGUUCGAAGUAGACACAGGGCAGACGAGGAAAUGUGAGGCUGUCAUGUUGGGCAAGGUUGUUGAACCGAGUUUCGCCAAGGGGGACUGGAGUGUUAGGUGGAGAGAAUGA